AUGAAUAAGCUCCAGCAAUACGAACGGCGUCUACUGGAUGAUGCUAAUGAAGCCGGGACCGAAAAUAAUACAAACGAUGGCACUCGAAGGAAAAGUGACGCUUCUUUGGAUGAGAUUUUAGAGCACCUGGAAGAUGACGACGAGUUUAUGCACAACUACCGGGAAGAACGUCUACAGCAGAUAGCGGACGAUAUGCGAAAAGUGAAGGAAAAUGUACGAACGGAAAACUAUGGCCUGCUGACAAUAGUGGAAGAGGAACGCGAGGUGAUCCGACUCACAACGAAAACCGAUCAAGUUGUAAUCCAUUUCGGGCUGGACGACUUCCGCAAAUGCCAAACCAUGGACGCCAAACUAUCACAACUGGCGCAAAGGCAUUUGAUGACGCGGUUUCUCAGAGCCAGUGUGGACAAAUGCCCGUUCUUAGUCGCCAAGUUACAGAUCAAAGUGCUGCCGUUUGUCGUCGCGUACAAGAACGGGGUGGAGCGAACCCGGGUUGUUGGGUUUUCCAGACUGGGAAACCAGCCGGACGAUUUUGACAUCGCCGCGUUAGAAAAUGUGUUUUACGAAGCUGGCGUGCUGGCAAAGAAAUCCACUCCAUGGAGGCCGUCAGCGGGCGGUCGCGACGGCAGCGAUGACUCGGACCUCGAUGUGUAG